GCCAUCUGAUGACCCGACGGGACGUGCGUUCGCAAAACGCAUCGAAACGGAACGCUCGUGAAGAGAAGAAGGAAAAUAAUCGGUCUGUCGGUGCACUUGUGGUUGAGUACGCGCCCGCGUGUCCGUAUCUAACUGUAAAACCGUUCCGCGGAGGGAAGUGAGAAAACAUUAACGGUAACGGUUCCUCUUUCGGACCUUUUUUCGGCCGACCCCCUAACAUCCGCCCCGCGCGAGUGACGACUCUUCGUCGUUGCCGCCGCUCGCAACAGUGAUAAAGAAGUCGCGCGUGAAAGAACGAGGGAAGACCCCGACUGCCGUUCGUCUCGAUUUUCCGAACAAAGGGGUACGCCAGUCGUGAAUCUGGAGAACCUGCAACACACCAGGCUCGGAUAGUAUCGUUGUGUUCUACGUGAUGGUAGCAUGUGAAAAUGGUUAAGGACCAGGUGUACAACGCUGCGAGGGACGGCAACAUCAAGCUGUUGAAGGUGUUCUUGCAUCAACGCGAGAAGGAUGAGGUAGAUAUAUUAGUCGACGCCAAGACAAACGGCGCGACGCCGCUGGUGAUGGCCUGUCGGAACGGACAUUACGACGUGGCCGAAUACCUAAUCGAAAAAUGUGGCGCGAAUAUCGAGCAAUCCGGGUCAGUAGUCUUCGACGGCGAAACGAUAGAAGACGCGCGACCCCUGUGGUGCGCAGCGGCUGCUGGUCACUUCGCUCUGGUAAGGUUGCUGGUGAAAAAAGGCGCGGAAGUGAACGCAACCACCAAAACAGGAUCGACGCCCCUGCGCGCGGCUUGUUUCGACGGCUACUUCGAAAUCGUCAAAUUUCUAGUCAAUUACGGUGCAGACAUUGAGAUGGCGAACCGUCAUGGUCACACGAGUCUGAUGAUCGCCUGUUACAAAAGCCACAACAACAUCGUCAGGUACCUACUCGCCCUGAAAGCGGACGUGAAUCGUAAAUCGUUGAAAGGCAACACGGCGCUCCACGACUGUGCCGAGAAUGGUUCCCUCGAGAUCGUGAAGAUGCUGAUGAAACAUGGCGCACGAAUCGACGCAGACUACUGCGGGAUGACGCCGUUGCUUGUCGCAGCAGUAACAGGUCAAAAACAUAUCGUUGAGUACUUCAUCGAUAUGCCGCAUCUGGUCAGCCGGAAGGAACGCAUCGACGCGUUGGAACUAUUGGGCGCCACUUAUGUGGAUAAAAAGACGGACAUGACGGGCGCGUUUGAACUUUGGAAACGGGCGAUGGACGAAAGAUACCGACCGGAUCUUCCAGCGAUACCGAAACCAUCCCCACCACCAGCUGUAGCUGCGUACAAUUUCGCGGAAGAAAUCUCCGAUCCAGACGCGUUGGGCGACUUGAACGAUCCGGAUGAAAUGCGGAUGCAAGCCCUUGUAAUUCGCGAACGAAUAUUAGGUCCAGCCCAUCCUGACACUCACUAUUACAUUCGCUACAGAGGAGCAGUUUACGCGGACGGCGGACAGUUCAGUCGUUGCAUUGAACUGUGGAAUUACGUCUUGGACAUACAGCAAAGUAUGUUGGACCCGCUGGAUCCUACGACUCAGGGUUCGUUGACCAGUUUCGCCGAGCUUUUCAGAAUUAUGAUGAACAGACAGACAGUCGCGGAACGAAAAGUGCCACCGGUCCAGAGAGAAGAGGUUCUCAGAGUGUUCAAAAAAGCUGUCUUGGAAGUGAAAUUAGGAAAGCAAAUAUUGAACAAAGUCUAUCAGGGCGACCUAACCUAUUUGAAUAAACUUCUAGUAAUCACUCUACAGCUGGCGUGUCUAUUGACACGUGAACUUCCAGAAGAGGGUACCGAUGAGUAUGUCGCUCUGCAUAAAGCGAUUUACGAAUUAGUUCGAAUAAAUGCCAAAGGCAGACAUGGUCGUGAUGUGUUGCAUUUGAUUCAUAGCGGGAUGGGCACUGUACUCGGCAAGUAUUCGUUCUACGAAUUCCCGUCCCCGCAUUUGGCAGCGGCUCUCGUAAAAGUUGGCGCCGAUGUUAAUACAAGGGACAACGACGGUAACACGCCAUUGCAUCUUGCCGCUAUAUCGCACAUGUGGCGGCGGGACCUCGCUGUCAUUCUACUCGAGGCCGGCGCGCACAUCGAUACCGUUAAUAACGAGGGUAAAACCUUCGAGACGCUGGUACGCGACAAACCCCUUUACAAUUCUGUGAACCCGAUAAAAUACACCACUCUCUCCUGCCUCGCGGCUAGAAUAGUUAAAAGAACGCAUAAGGUAGACGAAAUCCCAAAACAUCUCCGAUCCUUCGUUCAGAUGCACUAAUCGCGAGAAUACACACAUACACAUACACACAUCGACGGAGAUGUUGCACGGUAUUGUUCACGAUGCCACGAGAGUGAAUUGAAUUUGUUUACUAAAGACGAAAGUGUCGACGACGAAGUUUUGCAUCUUUUCGAAUAGUAAACCAAUGCUAGAAUAUGUUUCUAAGUGGGAAAGUAUAAAAGCUACCCUAAGAGACCUGCCAUUAUUAUUCAUGUGAUAAUACUGUUACCGCGGUACGCACACGACCUAGCCCGACGUGGGAUUUUCUAAUCGAAUCAAUAUAGAAAAGCAAAAUUAAUAUUCCUUAUUCUUGAAUAACACACACACGGGUCCGUACGACAGGCUGUCAGAUCUCGUGAACAACUGUUUUCUCGUUGCCUCUCAACAACCGACAGCCGCGCAUCUUUAUUCUUUAUUUAUACAGUGAGCUAAUGAUUUCUAUGUACAUGAUGUUACAUAUUCAUUAUCUUGUAUCAAUAACGAUUAAAAACAGUGCACUCAAUGUAGAUCGCGCUCCUAAAGACCAUCGCCUCAGAUACGGAUUUCAAUAUCUCUAA